UUAACUGAACUUCAACCUCAGUGAGCAAUACAAUUAAAGCAAAAUAACAAAUAAAGCAAAUAUGUAUUUAUAAUUAUUUUAAGAUACUUGUUUUUAUUUACAUGUAUUUAAGGUUUAAGGUUAAUGAACUCUCACGGCAAGACAUUAUAGAUAACACAAGACAGUGGGAUUCAUUGAUUUGCAUUUUUUUUUAUAAAUGUAAUUUUUUUCACAAUUUUUCCUACACAAGGUUAGUUUUUUUCAGUGUGUCAUUUUAUGUGAAUAAUGUUGACUGUACACACUAUCCAUUUAUUUUCCCAUGUGUAUGUAAACACGCCAAAUUUAUUUAUUUUCAUAUGUGAUUUUACACACGAUUUAUUUUCACAUGUGCCCUCUAUAUGUAUGGAGAACAGUCUUGUGUAGGUUGCCUUCAGGUAGCAUAUAGUUUCAUGCACCCAAUCAUUUCUUGCACGAAAUAACAACGAAAAAAUCUAUAUCCAUAACAAUGUUGAUAAUAAUCGAAAAUAGAGGCUAUAUCGAUGUGAAUCUCACUGCACCUUGGCAUUUUCAUGACAGCUUAUAUAAAUGAUGCUCUAAGUCAUUAAAUGAGACGCCACUCGAUGACACUAGCACAGUUUAUUAUAAAAGCGGAUAGAUCUGCAGUACCUGAAGCGGCAAUGUUUGAUACGCGCGAGCCAAAAGUGCUAUAGGCGGCCAACACUUAGCACGCGCAGCAGAAAUUCCCGAAAAAAAAUACAACUCGAUAAGAAUUUUUCCACUGCAAUUUUUUUUUCUUGCAGUAGUUAUAGCGGGCAUACAGUGAUUUAAUUAAUAAAAUGACCUCUGCUGAAAUGACGACUAAUUAUGCGUGAAAGUGUGAAGCGCGCGCGCACAUACGCGUGAAGCUCGAGCGCUUUCGCGUUGCUCUCUCUCUCUCUCUCUCUCUCUCUCUCUCACCGCUGGAAGUGAAAAUGACCAUGACAUUAUUCCUGUGCACAAAAACGUCAGACGGGAAUUCAAGGCAGUGAAAUGAUGGCGGCACUGAGCACAGGGUCUCAUAUACACUAUAAUGCCAAAAGUUUGGGGACAUCUGCCUUUACAUGCACGUGAAUGUAAUAUGGAGUUGCCCAGCUAUAACAGCUUCAACUCUUCUGGGAAGGCUUUCCACAAGGUUUCGGAGUGUGUUUAUGGGAAUUUUUGACCACUGGGUCAGGCACUGAUGUUGGACGAGAAGGCCUGGCUCGCAGUCUCUGCUCUAAUUCAUCCCAAAGGUGUUCUAUCGGGUUGAAGCCAGUCAAGUUCCUCCACACCAAACUCGCUCUUCCAUGUCUUUAUGGAUCUUGCUUUGUGCACUGGUGUACAGUCAUGUUGGAACAGGAAGCCGUCAUCCCCAAAGUUGGGCGCAUGAAAUUGUCCAAAACGUCUUGGUAUGCUGAAGCUGGAACCAAGGGGCCAACUCAGCCCCUGAAAAACAACACCUGAAUCCAAUGACUUGGAGGGGUGUCCCAAAACUUUUGGCAAUAUAGUGUAUCACAUACUUAUACUGUAUGCUGUGGAGAAGACAAUACAUUUAUAAAUGUUUAAAAAUAUAUAUAUUUUCUUUACUUUAGUGGAGAUUACAAGACUAGCUGGACAGUUUAAGCUUAUGAAGUCAACAUCAGGCAAAAAUCCCACUGUCCUAACUGCCCUAAAAAUGAUACUGGUCUACCAGUAUGAUAAUGAUGUACUUAACACUAUGAUAGUUACCUAUGGGAUACUGACCUUUUCUCUCAAAAUGUUAAAGCAUUAUAUUUAUAUUUUGACAGAUAGUCUUGUUAAUACUGAAAUAUGAUGUCGAGUUGUAUUAAUAAGCGUCCUGAUAACUAAAUAGGAUUUAGACUCUAAUCCGCCAAUGAUGUAACCGCAGUACAAUGCCGAAAACUCAUAAUCAAAAGCAGAUACAGCUUCGGAGCUUCAGUUAAUUUUCCCACCAAACAUCAAAAAUGAAGAAAAAGACUUCAAGAGUGGCAUAGAUGUGGUACCAAAUGGGUUAGGCUGAAUAUUUUAGAAACUGCCGAUGUUCUGAUAUUUUACACAAAAUGCUGAUGUUCUGAUAUAUUACACAAAAGUCUCUAGAGUUUAUGUAGAAUGGUGUGGAAAACAAAAACAAUAAGUGAGUAAGGUGUUGAUGGAAAUACCACUUUUCCCCAUCCAAUGUGUAAUCUGGAAGUUUUGGCUGAACAAAUAUAAUUGCUAUAAAUGGAACAUUUGUAUAAAUUACAUUUUCUUUAUGAUUCCUUUACAAAGUUUUGGAGGAAAAAUGCUGUUUUUUAGGGACCAAGCAGACGUCCAAGACACCUUCAUGACAUAUGAGGUGUACAAAGAUGACAUCACCAUGCGACUUGUAGCAGAGGCAUGCAAACUUCUUGGUGUGGAAGCGAGUGCCGUGCUGAGGCAGUUCGGAGAGUACUUCUUUGAGUUCUGUAAAAGAUCAGGAUACGACCACAUGCUGCGCACACUGGGAGGAAACCUCUUUGAGUUUAUAGAAAAUCUGGAUGCGUUGCACGGCUACCUCUCACUCUCAUAUAAGGAAAUGAAUGCACCAUCAUUUCGAGUCGAAAAGAACUGCGAUGGCACUAUGCUCUUGCACUAUUACUCCGACCGCAGUGGACUCUGUCAUAUUGUCCCAGGCAUCAUAGGAGCCGUAGCGAAAGACUUCUUUAACAGCCAAAUAGACAUGAAGAUUGUGAAUCAGAUGGAGGAGUUGGAAAGGACAGGAAAGAAAGAGCAUGUUGUUUUUCUUGUAAGCAACAAUCCCGAGAUUUCCGAAAAAGUACGCAGCAAAAAUGCAUCAACAUCACAACUCAAUCGUGCCUCAGGGCGCAGAGACAAGACAGCGUGUAUGAACAAGCAGGAGUUAGAGCGAUCAAAAGAGAACAAGAAACUCAAAUGUGGGACAUGCAGGAACCACUGGGAGACGGUCAGAAGCUUAGUGCAAUUGGGAAAAGGCAAACUUUUAAGGGGAUUUGAGCCGAUAUACCCAGACGAACUGUGCAUAGACCUGAAGACAUUCUGCAAUGCCUUCCCAUUUCAUAUUGUGUUUGAUGAACAACUGAGGGUACGGCAGGCAGGGGUGACAGUCCAAAAGAUUGUGCCUGGAUUGCAGACCACAGCGAUCCGACUGGAUCAGUAUUUUACCAUUCUGCAUCCUGAGGUCACCUUUACCAUCGCCAGCAUUCGCAAGUUCAUCAACAGCCAUUUUGUCCUGCAGACUCGACGAGACAUGAUGCCUGAGUACUGGAAAGAGAUGCCCAUGCUUGAGCUCAGAGGUCAGAUGUUGUGGAUGGCCCCUCUGCACUGCAUGCUGUACCAGGCAUCCCCCUUACUGCGCAGCCUGCAGGAGCUGGAGGAAAGGCACAUGUACCUGUCUGAUAUCGCUCCACAUGACGCCACACGCCACCUGAUUUUGCUCAACCAGCAGCGACUGGCCGAGAUGGAGCUCUCCAGCCAGCUGGAACGCAAGAAGGAACAGCUACGGCAGCUUUCUCAGCAUCUCGAGCAGGAGAAACAGAAGACUGAGAACCUGCUGUAUGCCAUGCUUCCAAAACACGUGGCCAAUCAGCUGAAGGAGGGUAAAAGAGUGGAGGCAGGUGAGUUUAAGGAGUGCACCAUCCUCUUCAGUGAUGUGGUAACCUUCACCAACAUUUGCUCAGAGUGUGAGCCUAUACAGAUCGUCAACAUGCUCAACUCCAUGUACCUAAAAUUCGACCGCCUCACCACUGUUCACAAUGUUUACAAGGUUGAAACAAUAGGUGAUGCCUACAUGGUGGUAGGUGGUGUCCCAAUCCCAGUAUCCAGCCAUGCUGAGAGAGUGGCUAACUUUGCCCUAGGAAUGAUCAUCGCUGCCAAAGAGGUCACCAACCCUAUCACAGGAGGCCCUAUUCAGAUUCGGGUGGGUUUGCAUAGCGGUCCUGUGCUAGCAGGUGUUGUCGGAGAGAAGAUGCCACGCUAUUGCCUGUUCGGAGACACUGUAAAUACGGCUUCUCGCAUGGAGAGUCACGGCCUGCCUAACAAAAUCCACCUCAGCCCCAGCGUAUAUCAUGCUCUUCGGGACAAAGAGUUCCAGCUAGAGGAACGUGGAGAGAUCGAGGUGAAGGGGAAAGGCAGAAUGCGAACUUAUUUUCUACUAAAAAACCUCAGAGCUACAGAGAACGAGAUCGUAGGCCGUCAGAUGAGGGAAGCUGGCUCAGGACAAGAAUCAGUUCAGUCCAAUGCAGACUGCAGCACUGAGCUCCCUGGUUUUAGACCAUCUCAAGCUUUUCAGAACAAGGAAAGACAUCACACAGUGGCCAUGAGAUACAGCGACAGUCUAACUGACAACAAGCCUCCAUCUCUGUUUCCUGAAACCCUGACCAGCACUAAAUGCCUCACAGGUACCUCAAACUAUGGACGUCUGCACAGUGGAAGCGGGUCCGAAGACGAGCCGUUUGAGGUGAACGAGAGCGCUGUACGCCGAGGCCCGGAAGGAGCCGAACCUCCUCCACUUGCUCCAAACAAAAGGCAGGUCUCCAUUCCGGACGUGGAUCUUGGCCAUGCUUUCUAGCCAGGUGCGUCGUAGCUCAGGGGUACUGGCGUACGAGUUGGCAAGACUGUACUGCAAGUCUACCAGCAUCUCCGGGUCCUUUUCGUGCUCC